CNGGAAGAGGAGGAAGAAGAGGAGGAGGAGGAAGAGGAGGAAGAAGAGGAGGAACAAGAUGAAGAAGAAGAAGAAGAAAAAAUAGAAGAACCAGAGAAGAAAGAUCUGGAAACAAAAAAACUUCAGGAGAAUGGCAAGAGCACCCAGGAAACUAAAGGAUCAUACACAGAAUCGGGUGAAAAAGGAGAAAAUGAAAAGAAAGUUUCAAAAUUAAAUAUUCCCAAAAAAUUAGCUCUAGACACUAGUUUUAUUAAAUUAAGUGCACGGCCUUCGGGAAAUCAAACUAAUUUAGAAGGGAGUCUAGAAAGAGUCCGGAGAAAUGACCCAGAAAUGGCAGAACUCAACUUAAACAACAUUGAGAACAUCCCCAAGGAGAUGCUAGUGGACUUUGUCAAUGCCAUGAAGAAGAACAAGCACAUCAAAACAUUCAGUUUAGCCAAUGUUGGGGCAGAUGACAAUGUAGCUUUUGCUUUGGCCAACAUGCUGCGUGAAAAUAGGUGCAUCACCACCCUGAAUAUCGAUUCCAAUUUCAUCUCAGGUAAAGGGAUUGUGGCCAUCAUGAGAUGCCUACAGUACAACGAGAAGCUUACGGAGCUACGUUUCCACAAUCAGAGAGGUAUGUUGGGUCAUCAGUCGGAAAUGGAGAUUGCCAGACUUCUGAAAGCCAAUCCUACGCUUCUUAAGAUAGGCUACCAUUUUGAACUUCCAGGACCCAGAAUGGUGGUCACUAACCUCCUCAGCAGAAACCUCGAUAAGCAGAGGCAGAAAAGGAUGGAGGAGCAAAAAUUGCAACAGUUAAAGCAGCAGAAAGAAUUCAUUGCCAUGCUGGAGAAUGGACUUGGGUUGCCUCCUGGGAUGUGGGAAUUGUUAGGAGGACCGAUACCGGCUUCAAUGAUGCCUCUUUCAAUGCAACCUCCAAUGGCACCAGUUCCCAAAACCCCACCUGUUGGCCGAAGACAUGAACCUGCUAUAAGAGAAGAACCUGAAAAAGAUAACAGCAGUGACCUUCCCGCUUUCAAGAUAGUGAAGCUCAAGAGGACAAAGCGCAAACCUUCUAUCCAGGAAUAUGUUGAGCCAGCUGAAAAAACCAACCUCAAAGAUGUGAUUAAGACCCUAAAACCUAUUCCGAGAAGGCGUCCCCCUCCUUUGGUUGAGACAACUCCAAGAGAAAAGCUACUUAAGGAUAUUCGCCAGAGUAAUGUAGCUUAUUUGAAACCGGUACCUGUUCCCAAAGAGCUGGAAUAA